CCGCUGAGUCGUCAUCCCCUCCCCUCCUCCCCGACCGGCGCCCGCAGUCCCCGCCUCCCCGGCCGCCGCCUCCACGGGGCGGGGCCCUGGCCCGGGACCAGCGCCGCGGCUAUAAAUGGGCUGCGGCGGGGCCAGCAGAACGCUGUGACAGCCACACGCCCCAAGGCCUCCAAGAUGAGCUACACGCUGGACUCGCUGGGCAACCCGUCCGCCUACCGGCGGGUCACCGAAACCCGCUCGAGCUUCAGCCGCCUGAGCGGCUCCCCGUCCAGCGGCUUCCGCUCGCAGUCGUGGUCCCGCGGCUCGCCCAGCACCGUGUCCUCCUCCUACAAGCGCAGCAUGCUCGCCCCGCGCCUCGCCUACAGCUCAGCCAUGCUCAGCUCCGCCGAGAGCAGCCUCGACUUCAGCCAGUCCUCGUCCCUGCUCAACGGCGCCUCCGGGCCGGGCGGCGACUACAAGCUGUCGCGCUCCAACGAGAAGGAGCAGCUGCAGGGGCUGAACGACCGCUUCGCCGGCUACAUCGAGAAGGUGCACUACCUGGAGCAGCAGAACAAGGAGAUCGAGGUGGAGAUCCAGGCGCUGCGGCAGAAGCAGGCCUCGCACGCCCAGCUGGGCGACGCGUACGACCAGGAGAUCCGCGAGCUGCGCGCCACGCUCGAGCUGGUGAACCACGAGAAGGCUCAGGUACAGCUGGACUCGGACCACCUGGAGGAAGACAUCCACCGGCUCAAGGAGCGCUUCGAGGAGGAGGCACGGCUGCGAGACGACACCGAGGCGGCCAUCCGCGCGCUGCGCAAAGACAUCGAGGAGGCGUCGCUGGUCAAGGUGGAGCUGGACAAGAAGGUGCAGUCGCUGCAGGAUGAGGUGGCCUUCCUGCGGAGCAAUCACGAAGAGGAGGUGGCCGACCUGCUGGCCCAGAUCCAGGCGUCGCACAUCACGGUGGAGCGCAAAGACUACCUGAAGACAGACAUCUCGACGGCGCUGAAGGAGAUCCGCUCCCAGCUCGAGUGCCACUCCGACCAGAACAUGCACCAGGCCGAAGAGUGGUUUAAAUGUCGCUACGCCAAGCUCACCGAGGCGGCCGAGCAGAACAAGGAGGCCAUCCGCUCCGCCAAGGAAGAGAUCGCCGAGUACCGGCGCCAGCUGCAGUCCAAGAGCAUCGAGCUAGAGUCAGUGCGCGGCACCAAGGAGUCCCUGGAGCGGCAGCUCAGCGACAUCGAGGAGCGCCACAACCACGACCUCAGCAGCUACCAGGACACCAUCCAGCAGCUGGAAAAUGAGCUUCGGGGCACAAAGUGGGAAAUGGCUCGUCAUUUGCGGGAAUACCAGGAUCUCCUCAACGUCAAGAUGGCUCUGGAUAUCGAGAUCGCUGCGUACAGAAAACUCCUGGAGGGUGAAGAGACCAGGUUUAGUACAUUUGCAGGAAGCAUCACUGGGCCGCUGUAUACGCACCGACAGCCCUCAGUCACAAUAUCCAGUAAGAUUCAGAAAACCAAGGUCGAGGCUCCCAAGCUAAAGGUCCAACACAAAUUUGUGGAGGAGAUCAUAGAGGAAACGAAGGUGGAGGAUGAGAAGUCAGAAAUGGAAGACGCCCUGACCGCCAUUGCGGAGGAAUUGGCCGUUUCCGUGAAAGAAGAGGAGAAGGAAGAGGCAGGAGAAAAGGAAGAGAAAGAAGAAGCUGAAGAAGAAGCUGUAGCUGCCAAGAAAUCGCCAGUGAAAGCCGCCGCACCCGAAAUUAAAGGAGAGGAGGAAGGGGAAAAGGAGGAAGAAGAAGGCCAAGAGGAAGAAGAAGAGGAGGAAGAUGAGGGCGCUAAGUCGGACCAAGCUGAAGAGGGCGGCUCGGAGAAGGAAGCCUCCAGUGAAAAAGAGGAAGGUGAACAGGAAGAAGAAGGAGAAACUGAGGCUGAAGGUGAAGGAGAGGAAGUGGAAGCCAAGGAGGAAAAGAAGAUUGAGGAAAAGCGUGAGGAAGUGGCGACCAAGGAGGAGCCGGUGGCAGAAGCCAAGGUGGGAAAGCCAGAAAAAGCCAAGUCCCCGUUGCCAAAAUCACCAGUUGAAGAGGCGAAGCCCAAGCCCGAAGCUGCAGUGGGCAAAGCUGAACAGAAAGAGGCAGAGGAGAAAGAAGCAGCCAAGGAAUCUCCCAAGGAAGAGAAGGUCGAGAAGAAGGAAGAGAAGCCGAAGGAUGUGCCGGCUAAGAAGAAAGCUGAGUCCCCGGUGAAGGAGGCCGCGGAGGAGGUGGUCACUGUCACCAAAUCAAUAAAGGUACACGUGGAGAAAGAAGUCAAGGAAGAGGAGAAGCCACAGGAGAAAGGGAAGGAGAAAGCGGAGGAGGAGGGAGGGGGUGAGCAGGAAGGGAGCGACCAAGGUUUGAAGGAAUCCAAGAAGGAAGACAUAGCUGUCAAUGGGGAGGUAGAAGGGAAAGAGGAGGAAGAGCAGGAAACCAAGGAAAAAGGCAGUGGCAGAGAAGAGGAAAAAGGCGUCGUCACCAAUGGGUUAGACCUGAGCCCGGCAGAUGAAAAGAAAGGGGGUGACAGGAGCGAGGAGAAAGUGGUGGUGACCAAAACGGUAGAAAAAAUCACCAGUGAGGGGGGAGAUGGUGCUACCAAAUACAUCACUAAAUCGGUCACUGUCACUCAAAAGGUCGAGGAGCAUGAAGAGACCUUUGAGGAGAAAUUAGUGUCUACUAAAAAGGUAGAAAAAGUCACUUCACACGCCAUAGUAAAGGAAGUCACCCAGGGUGACUAAGAUUUUGAGUCCAUUGCAAAAGGUUAAGCCAUAUGACAAAUUUCAAAAUGCAUGUGAUUGGCAGCUUCAAAAUAGAACGGGUUCUCCCAUGGGGGCUCCAGACAUUGUAUUUUACUUUGUGCAAUAUGAGGGGACUGCAUGCAAGCUCAGGGUGCUCCCUCUUCAGUCUUUGGGGGAUUCAAAUGCAUGAUAUCGUAGGUACCUGGGGAAUUUGCCAAUUUCCUAAGCUGUUGGAAGGGGGGCACUUGGGGGGAUGUCUUGAGAUGUAUUAUGCAAAGUACCAACUGAGCCAAAAAUAAUAAAUGAAACACAGAACUCUCUUAGCCUUAAGAAAGCUAUAUAUGAAUAAUUAUGUUUACCUCACUGGUGCAUUUAGAGUGGAGUUUUGUUCAUGGGAGAACCUCUGUUGACAUGCACAGUUUGCAAUCUUAUGUUGAUUGAUGUUAAACGUCACAGCAGUACUUGCUCAAUAAAGGUCAUAUUGGAAACAUAG